GUUGGGCGCUCUUUAAGUUUAAUCUACUUCUUUCUUCCACUCUCCAUUAACCCUAGCUACCUAGGCAGCUCUCUCCGGUUACCCUCUCUACUCUUCCCACAGUUUCAAUUAAUAACGUCCCGUCGGCGUAGACAAGCAGCAGAAUCAUGGGAUCGGAUUCUUCUGCAAAGUACAUCCACAUGGUUCAACACCUGAUCGAAGAGUGCAUAGUAUUCAACAUGAGCAAAGAGGAAUGCAUGGAAGCUCUCUCGAAACAUGCAAAUAUUCAGCCUGUUAUUACUUCCACAGUGUGGAAGGAAUUGGAGAAAGAGAACAAGGAGUUCUUUGAGGCGUACAGGAAGAGAAGAGAGGAAAGAUCAGCAUCAUCAACAUCUGGAUCAACGUCGGCGACGACCCAAAGACAAGGGAUCGACGAAAUAUUAGUGUUGGCUGCAGCAGCGUCUAGUAGUUCUAGGACGAAUGAUGAUGAUGAUGAUGAAUGAGAAUGAUAUAGGAAGGGAGGGGAGGGUGGGUAGGCAGGGGUUAUUUGUUUUGGUUUUUGCAUGUUCGAUUGAUUGGGACAAUUAGGAGUAGGAUGUAAUAGGUAGCUAGCUAGGUACAAGGGGUUUUGUUUUGGACACUACUUUUUUAAUUAAUCGAUGCGGCUUCUCUUCCCCUUCCCUUCA